UCCAGUCUCCACGGCGUGCUGUCAUUACGCACAGAUAAUAGUUUACAUGCAGAGUGAAUGAGUCCCUGAAUCGGAUAACAUUUGCUAGAGAUCGCUCCGGUGUUAAACUCACCAAGGCCCACUUUAGGUUUUACAGUAAUAUUUGAGAUAUGCACUGAAUGGGUUAAUCAUUCCCGAAGACUUCUUGAGUUACUCCGUCUGAAGACUCCGGCUCGGCGCGCAAUGUCUCUCCCGGCCAAAGUGAUGAGAGACGGGCUGCUGGAGAAGCGCAGCAGCGGGCUGCUCCAGCUGUGGAAGAAGAAGCGCUGCUUGCUCACAGAGGAAGGACUGCGUCUGCACAACUGCAAAGGCUCAAGCGGAGGAAGGAGUGAUGCUCCGAGCUCAGCGUGGAGCUCCAAAGCCAAAGAGCUCCGAUUUGAGCGCAUGGCCACGGUGGACUGUGUGGAGUACAAGCGAGGACUGGUGUACUUCACGGUGGUUAUGGUAACAGGGCAAGAGAUUGACUUUCGGUGUCCGCAGGAGGGGACGGCGUGGAACGCGGAGAUCGCCCUGGCGCUAGUGCGCUAUAAGAACCUGCAGGCCGUACAGAUAGGGAGGAACAGGCACCUGUCCUCUGCACACCUGGGGAGCACAGGGGACGAGGAGGAGCUGUGACCUGCUCCCUUCUUCUUCGGAUGAACCAGCCAAACUGGGGAAGAAAAGAGAGAAGAAAAGGCCACCGGAUCUGUCUACGAAGCAAAAAUGGGAUGACCGCACAACCAUCAAAGAAUAUGGAUUACAGCAGAGAAAAGAGUUACAGACACUCAGUUUAUUCCUACAUGACUUAAUUCUUCUGUUAUACAAAGACGGGAUAAACAGUCUUCAUGGCUGGCAUUUAUUUUCCUGUCAGGAUGACCUCAUAGCAUGAGGUCACUGUGGAGACACCUCAUAAGGAAAAGAUGGGACAGAAAUUGCGAACACUUUACCCUUUGUGCCUUGAUUUUUUUUUUUUUUUAAAUUCUCUUUUAAUAUCGAGACAUUUUUGUAGCACUGGCGGAACUGGAGGCACUUUUUUAAGUCCGUCUUGCUUUUAUGAAAACGCAUUUGUCAGUUCUUUUACCUUCACAGGAAAGUCAAGCUACAGCUAGAACUUAACCUUGCAAAGCAGAUGGUUCGCUCAGAUUCCAUGUCUGUCAUCAGGGUGAUCCAUCUUGCAAAGCUCCAGGUUUGAAUGAUUGUGGCAGGUCUGAGAAAGGACCGGACCAUUCGGUGCAUUUGAGGAGAACAUAGCUACAGGCAGGGUUUGAUUGUAUUGCAAACCGGUAGCCAGAGGUGGACUUAACUAUUUUGGGGCCAAAGGGGAAACUUGUAUGGGGCCCUCCACAUCCAUUAUUCUCCCCAGUAAAUUCUUGUUUAUAAGAGUAACCCUUUCAUAACUUGAUGUUAAACCAAAAAUGACUGCUAACAAUGUUUUCUAAAUAGAAAUGUCUUGGCGGAUUGCAAAAAAUCCAUUUGGAGACACUAAAGGGGUAAAUGAAAACCAAAUGGCACCAGAGAAUACUGAAUUUAUCGUGUUAUUUUACUAACAAAUAACAGUUUCCCAAAGAAACCAUCUUUGUUUCAUUUGGGAUUUUUUAUUUUCCAUUUCUGGUCAUGUUUUACCAACUAAAACCUCUCAGGGAGUGACCUAAUCAAUAUAUUUGCUAGUAUAUUUGUAUAAUAUUAAAUAUCAAGUAUUUGGUGAAAUAAUCACUCCAAUGGACUUUUUUUUAGCCGUUUUUCAUAUUGAAAAGUAAAAAAAAAAAAAAUCAGACUUCACAAAAAGUCCUAACCUAAUUUACAUUUUAUCAUUUAUCGCUGCUCUUCACACCCCUACAGCAUAACCAAGUUUUCUCAAUAAUUCUAGAUUUCAAUGAGUGUAUUUACCCCUCAAAAUACCAGCGGCUGGUGUAGGAGAAAGGGUUAAAUGAACUAUGUGUUCACAGAGCCCCUUAAGGUCUGGUGCCUAAUGGUAAAGUCCGCCUCUGCCCAUAGCAAUUAGCUCAGAUGUGGCUAUAGUAAAGUGUCAGUUUUAUAAGAUCUGGAUAGCAUUUCUUUAUUGAAAGAGGAAAAAGAACCACACUGAAAGGCUUUUUGGUGGAGAUGUUUUUUUCCUCUUUUUCCAACUGGCCUCAGCUUGAGUUUUGUCCACCAACAAGCUCCACUGUUCCUAAACUACAACAACACCGGCCUGCCAAGCUCACUGUUACCUUUAGCAAAAAAAAAAGAAAAAUCUCAGCGUAAUAUUGAAGUGAAGAGCAAAUCAGCCUCAGAAAGGCAACGAAAUCAAUAUCUAUCACAAGAUCUCACAAUUCCAGCGUGAACUAAUAGUUCUCGUGAUCUUCUUCUUCUCUAGCUGCUCAAGGUUGUGACUUAGGAAAUGCAUCCAGUGAGGGUCUUUGCUGUCAGUCAGAGUGAAACCAUGGUGCACGUGCAAUUCUGCAGACACAGUAUGAGGAAUUUGUGGGUAAGGGGUUUUUAACUUGAUUACUGUCCUUGUCCUAGUGUACACACACAGUGGAAGAAUUGAUUUAUGAUGGGAGCAUGUUCACCUCUGCUGGUAGAUGGUGAUAUGCCCCCUUUCAGUGACAUUGUGGACCAUUUUCCUGUUAACCUCACUAACAAGUUAACAAGCAGUUACCAGUUGUAUGUCAAACUUUGCAGCCCUGUGCUUUUCAUGCAUACUACUCUACAAUAUGACAGGAGAUAAAGACCCAAUCUUUAGCUUGCAGUUACAACCAAAGGCAGAUGUCAAUGACACUCCUGCUACAUUUUAGUAUUAUGCAGCUACAUUGUCUGUGUUGGUCUGACUUCAAGCAAUUUAAUUUUGUACAACUGUAGUUGGACGAAUAUGUUUAAAUGCAUUUUAAAAGUACAGUUUAAGUCAGUCUGACAUGAUGAUUUGACUUUUUCUAGCUGCUUGUAAGUGUGCUAACUGUCUGACAAGCUUUGAUAACUAUUGUUUAAAACUUCACCGAUUUGCAUGUUUUCCCGAAGCUUAUGAAGUAUUUUGCUCAUACCCAUUGCACAUUAUUAUACAUAAUUGCUGAAACCAUGUACAGUAUUACACCAUACAAAAUAUUAAAUAUAUUAUUGUCAGUAAUCAUAAAGGGCUGAGAUAUUUAACUUUUUAUUCCUGAGAAAACUGUUUGUCCUCCUCUCUAUCUGUAACAUAUGAUGUCUCUGAGAAUGAAACAUGAAUCUGUGAUUAAUUUAAGGUUGAGGCCAUUAAUUGCUAAGCUCAUCUGUUUCCAGUUGUGGCGUAACCUUCCUGUUACAGCCUCUGGUAAACACACAACUCCAUGGCAUUGCUCUCCUGCUCUUGCGUGAAUGCUGAAGUCAGGACACCUUUUGUUCAGAGGACUAAUGAGAAGCACAGCGAGCCUGAGGCAUGUGCACACAAACAUCCACCCACACAAAUUCACCUACGGAGGUUUACACACGAACCAGCAAGAAAUUCAGACAGGGCCUCAGCAUCAGGAGAUUCUCCUCAGCGUUAGCGAGCGUAUGUUGUUCAUUCAAGCAUCUUUUGUAAGUGUGUGUUUAUGUGUGUGUAUGUGGGCCUCAGUGCAGGUCAAGAAU